AUGUCAGGUUUCGAGGCUCUCGGGAUCGCUGCUAGCAUCAUUCAAGUUGCCGAUCUUGGUACCAAAUUAUCAGUCAAGCUGUUUUCUUUCUAUCGGGAGCUCAAAGGUGCCAACGAAUCGAUCCAAAAUCUAUCAAGCGAUGUUGCAAUUACCUCUGCCAUUCUUCGCGAACUAGGAGAGAGCUUAAAAGAAGACGAACAAGCCAAACUCUAUUCAAAAAAGGCAUUCGAAACCCUCAAGAAUAUCUUAACCCAAUGCGAAGAGGUUUUAGAAGAAAUCUGUGUUAUCACCAAGUAUAACGAUAGUUCAGAGAAGACCCGACUACAGCAAAUAACGGAACGAUUUCGACAAAUACUACUUGAACCAAGCGUAGAUCCGCUUAAAGCCAAGUUAAAAAGGUUGAAGUCGACAAUGCUCCUUUUGUUGAAUGUGAUAAUGUAUGCUGGCCAAAUACGCAGUAGUAACAACGUCCCUACUAUGCUCCAAGAACAGCGCGACUUUAUCAAAAGUCUUCUAGAGGAGAGAAAGGAAGGUGACGACAAAAUUAUGGCUACUCCAGCUCCUAUCACAGGAAACUCGUCUUUAGAUCCUGGCGUUAGCCCUUGGGCCACUUGCGAUCUGAGACAUGGCGAGCCAUCUGACCUGGAUGAAUAUAGCCUUCUUAUGCAAAACAUGCUCCAAGAAAUCAACUCUUGUAAAAGUCGACUUGAGCAGAAUCGCCACUCAAGGAUCAGAAGUGGAGUUCUGAAUAUACAUUCCAGGGAGAUCCUACAAUUUCAAUUACAUCAUGGCCAGUCGGUUAUACAGCGUUUUGACCACUCCAUUUUCCUUGAGGAACAAUCGACUCCUACGAAAUCUGGUUCUUGCAGUAUAGAGCCAGAGCCUUCGACCAUUACUUUUGAGAGCGAGGAAGUUUUGCCAGAAUACGAGGAUUCCUUUAGGACCCACAAAGAACAUGUUGGCGCCAGUAUCUCAAUAGAUACGGAGAUUGCAGAAGCGAGAAGACACGGUUCGGUCCCUCUGUCAGAGAGUCAAUCUUCCACAUCGAAUUCCUCUCGGCCCCUAGAUUCUGACCUCGUCGAAGCCUCCAAUGGUAAGGAAGGCUUCAAACGUACUUAUCCAAGUUACACAUACUCACCCGUUCAAGCCCAGUCCGCUCUCGAGCACGUCCAAGUCUAUCACACUGAUAAAGAGAACGACGAUUCCAUCCUCCCCGAGGCUCUCGCAACGCGUGAUCUUGGCAGCCCACAGGGUAUGACACUACCAAGUGCUGGUGCAGCAGCAGGGCGGCCUUGGUCUCCCUCUCAUCCAAGUCCGCCAUCAGAAUUUCUGUCUCAGACUUCCAACUCUCUUUUCCAGGUCGAGUUUGAACAAGAUUCACUACCACGAGGCUGUUCUAACUCUGACCCCUGGGAUUCAUUUUCUCCAUACAACGUGAACACCGAAACUUUGCCGCCCAGCAAGGUAGAUCUGAGCAAAUUCCGCCUACCACGAGUUGAGACCAUCCCAUCACCCCGCCUGGCAAACAAUGACCCGUUAAAUUGUCUCUUCAUUGACAAUGCAAUGGAUGGGACGGAGGCCUUAGAAAAGUUGGUGUUAGAGUGGACAACUUUGAGACGAGAAGAGGUUCUGGAAUAA